AGGGCACAGCAGCAUGACCAUUUCAACAAGGACGUAAUACUACUUCCUAAUCAAUCAUGGGGAGUAGUGUGCAAACAAGGUCCAAAAUCAUGGCUUACACAAACAUGGACACAUCCUCAGUGCCUUUGAAUUCCAGAAGGACUGGGACCACCAGACUGUUUUAGAAAGCAUCAGGGAUGGCUUUGGUGAGCACAUUCCAGACGAUGUCAGCCUCCAGUUUCUCAUGGCUUGUGGCAAUAAGCUGGUGUUCCCAAAGCUCCAGGGUGGUCAGGAGCUAAAUGGGAUGCUAAUUCACAAGGUCUUUAAAACCAAAGCCCUGUAUGUGAGACCAUCAAGGACCCUUUUAAUUGACUCCGAAGAAGAAAAUGACUGUUCUCCCGUUACUACCAGAUCAACAUUAAGCAUGCGCAUAACUAAGGGGAGCGAUGAUGAUUGUGUUGAAGUUGAUGGUCCUCAGAUUUGCACAGACAUGAACAGUAAUGGCACCACCAGGGCUGCUACCAGGUUUAGAGUAAUGAGAAGUAAUGAGUAUCCCAGUACUAACAGUUAUGAUGGAGAUGGCAAACCUGGCACUAGUACUGGUCAUGAAGACAGCUAUGGCUCCAAUCACACCGUCAGCACCAGUGGUGAUGAUGGAGGCUACCUUGCAAAAGGUGAUGGGAACCCUGGCACCAGGUGCUACCACAACUGAUCAUGUGAGUGACUACGCCCGAUAUUUGACACUCGUGGCUACUCUUCCGCCUGACUCUUCAGAUGAUGAGGAAUUAAACCAAGCCAUAAUUGCCAGUAUGGAGAGUCAAAUUGCAGAAAAGGUCCCGGUCCAAGAGAUACUGCUGGAACUGUCAAGCAAAAUUAGCACAAAACGGCAGUGCAAAUUUAAUAUAAAUCGCUCUGCUGUCUGGGAGGGAGCCAUGCGGGGCUUCCAAAGGGUAUCCUACGACCCCAACUUGAUGAUCAGUGUAAAAUUUUCUGAUGACAUGGGGAGAAAUGAAGAAGGGGUUGAUUUAGGAGGACCAAGAAGGGAAUUCUUAAGGCUGCUGAUGGAGACUAUUGCCAGGUCACCAAUGUUUGAAGGAAAAGAAAACAGCAAGAACUUGGCUCUUGACAGUACUGCUCUAAGAGAGGACUGGUACUACAUUGCUGGCAAAGCCAUUGCAGUGAGCUUGGUACAUGGCGGUCCACCACCAAACUUCCUCUCGCCAACAGUAUUUUGUCUUCUGGUCAGUUCAGCAAAUCCAAAACUAGAAUACAUAGCUGACACAGAACUCUUGGAAAAAGUCAAAAAG